AUGGACUUUGCUAGACUGUCAGUCCACAUGCAACAAGUUGAGGAGAAGAAGAAGAAGACAGCCGAAUCUAGGAAAAAGAAUAGGCAGGCAAAGAGAGCCAGAGCAAUAGACCAGAGUCAUAGUCAGCAACAUAGCGGUAAUUGGGACAGAAAAUGGAGAUGCGGGAGGAAUCAUUCAGAGAGAUGUCAGUUUGGUGCUUUGGUGUGUUAUUCAUGCGGCCAGCCAGGCCAUAUCCAGAGAGACUGUCCGGCAGCAAAGAGUAAUGUUGGAGGAGCCAAGUCCCAGGUGAAUUCAUCUACACCACCACCUCAGAAGGGUGCUGCUUUAGCCAUUGGAAACGGUCGAAACCGGUUGUAUGCUUUGACCAAUCGCCAGGAGGCAGAGGCCUCACCAGAUGUAGUCACCGGUAUAUUGCAAAUAUUUUCUCGUGAUGUGUAUAUCAUGUAUCUAAAAAGAUUUGAUGUUCAGGCAAGAUCUUCUGUCUUGACUGAGGGCUAUAUGGACAAAGCUCGUCCAAUUUUUGGGAUUCAGACCCGGUCAAGAGUCGUGACAUCUGACUGUCCUCGAGGGGUUCCACCUGUUCCUACUAACCCUACUUUUGGGGGUGACACUUCUCCUCAAUCACCUCAAAAUGUUGGGUUCCAUCACUUCUUUUCUAUGUUGGCUCAGGUUGGUGGAAAGUGGUCCAAGAAAAAGUAUUGGGUGGGUCCUAACUUCCAUUCCGCAGCUAGUGCUCCUUACCCAAACCCAUUUAAUGCUCAUAGGGCAUAA